AUGGUCCUCAUGAAGUCAUAUUUCUUCUGCGCAUCAGUUCGUCUGGGUGUUAUCAUUAUCAAUCCUCAGGCAGUUUCUGUAUUGCUUCAGUUAUACAGUAUUUUCCAUGUUAUGUCAUGUGCUGUCGCCGCUUACGGUGCCUUUAAGCUCAAAAAGUGCUUUGUCAUACCUCUCGCUAUCUUUGAGUUUAUUUAUAUUGUGGAAAUUGUUACGAUCUUCACACUGUUCCUGCGAAUCCUUCGACAUUUUUUAAGCCUAACCCAAUUGACGUUACUGACGAUUGCGGCUACUUUUUAUGCCAUAUUGGUGGCCUAUGACUUUUUAGCGUUGGUGGCCUUUGAACAGAUUGUGAGAUUAGUGAAGAGCGAACGAUAUCAACAAUUUUAUGGCUUGGAUCCAUUUAAUCCCAAAACACCGCAUCAUAUUAGAUUUACUUACACUAAGAAACGAAAUAUAGAUCAUCCUCUAAUUUUCUAUGUUAUGCCAAAGACGCCAGCCAAAUGGUGGGAUAAAUCGGCUGUGAUACUGUUGUGCUAG